AUGGACCAGCACCAGUCCCUUCUCCCAUGUCAUCUACAGGGCGAACACAACACUGCAACCGAACCUGCUGGAUGCGUCACCGGACACAGUGAGGGAGGCCACGCGCCACAAUUCCGAGAGAUUCCACUCUUCCAGCGUUCAGUCACCACUUCUGCUGGUAUCAGCUGUACGCCGUACCCGACUGACCCGUUAUGGGGCACCCCGGACCCGGUGGAUACCCGCCAUGCCAAGGGCAAAGCACUCAGGAAGAGAGGGCGAGACGGAGGGAGGCGAGCGAGGACGGCGUUCACCAGUACUCAGCUAGUGGAGCUGGAGAAGGAGUUUCACUUCAGCCCCUACCUAUGUCGACCGCGCAGGCUGGAGAUGGCUGCGGGCCUGAGGCUCACAGACCGGCAGAUCAAGAUCUGGUUCCAGAACCGACGCAUGAAAUACAAGAAGGAUCAUAAGGAGGACAGAGGGACAGCGACUGAGACACCGUCGCCGUGCCUCUCUACCACCACACACAUGCCAUCCCUCAGCCCAAGGUCCUCUGCUGGAGUUGGGUACUCGGGAUUCAGAAGUGCUGGUCUGGUGAGAGGGACUCGGUCUCCAAACCUUCUCCUCGUUAAUUGUGAUCGUACCCCGGCGUCGGGUUCUCACAGUAAGGCCAAUACCAGUGACUGUUUACGUGUUACUCCCAUGGACCUUCCCCAGCUCACCACCGGAACUGCGCCGGACUCUGAUAGUCUGCAGUCGGCCCUUACGGUUGUAGACAGCGGAUGUUUGUGCACGGGUCUCUCCAAACUCGCCCCAGGGCACCUAUCCUCUUAUGUUGACAGUGACAUCAGUGCAUAUUUCAGAUGUGGAGGAUGCCUCUUAGACCUAGAACCCCCUACACUUACUCACCUGUAAGAGCAGGCCUAUGCCGCAAACCUAAACACCUAGAACUUCAGUAAUAUGUGUGUGUAGGUGGUCAAUUCAAUCAAACCAGCAUUGUGGAGGCUAGCUUUCUUUCAACUUUCUGAUAGUGGCUCACUGAAGAAUGCAGAUUUAUUACCAAUAGGGUUUCCAGUAUCCUUAUAGGUUUCUAGUCCAAAAGCGACCACUACUGCCCCCUCUGUUCCUGUUACACCUUGUGGCAAAAUGUUAUCUUUUUUAAUCAAAAUUGACAUGAUUUAUAUUAGCAAUAAAAUCCCCAAAGACAUCCUGCUACUAUUUUGCAUGUCAAAUGCAUGUUUUGAACACAUUAUCAAUUCAUUUUUGUAUUUUCAUGUGUCAUGGCUUGUGCUUGUCGUCUAUUUAAAUCAGAGAGAAAGGAAUUUUACUUUGCGGUAUAGGUAUCACGUGUUAUGUUAUGGACUCGUAAUGAUCCCGAUGAAGACAGUUUGUCUGUCGAAACGUUGGUUAUUCAAUUAUUGCACCUGAGCUCCUGGAAUGUGAGGCUCUCCUUUUCUUUUUCAAGUGUUCUACUCCGCUAGCCAGCACCUCGCCGAAACAGGUGUUCUACUCCGCUAGCCAGCACCUCGCCGAAUCAGGUGUUCUACUCCGCUAGCCAGCACCUCGCCG